AUGGCACACUGCAGUUCAUCAGAUCCAAGUGGGAAGAUACCCCGUCCAGAUAGCAGCGCAGUAUUGAUGGCAGGAUCUCCCAGAAGCGUUGAUCAGGCAAUGAGGCCGGUGUUGUUUGAAAUAUUUGGAGAAAUUUGGAACGUCCAGGCCCGGCUCGGGCAAGGCGUCUCGGCCUCGGUAUACCGGGUGAGCUCAGGAAGGACGAGUACGGCCGCGGUUAAGGAGUUCCUAGCGGACACUCAGGGCGGAGAUUACGGGUACCACAAGGAGAGGUCCGUGCUGGAAGACAUCCAAGGACACAAAAACAUCGGUAAGGACCUUUUUAUUGUAUUGUAAUAUGGUUGUAACGUUACUGUGCACAAUCUCUGGAAUUACAGAGCUCGUCUUCUAGUGUACCUCAUCAAUGACCAGGUUAUCUGAGAAUCAAAUUAUGAGUCUUAUUACAAAGGGUUUAGCUUCAUUUAACCUUGGCUACUUGAAAUCUGUGUUGUUAUCAAGCUGAUUGCCAGUCAGUCAUUACAACCAAGUCACAGAUCUCAAUCUUGUCUCAGAUCAGUCAUAGUAAGCUGUUUUCAGUAACGCUGGUUUUUAAAGUAUUCAUUGGCAUAUCGUAAAGCCCUUGUCAGCCACGUAAAACCAACACCUGAUGAUGAUGAUGACCCUGACUGACACAUCCUAAUAACUAGAGAACGACCUCUAUGGAUUUUUUAGGGCUGAUAUCAAUUUUAGGCCGAUAUUCAAUAUUUCCCAGAGACAGCCAUGUAUGCAUAAUGCAUACAUUUUUAAAUCAAACAAUACAAUACAUUUUACUUUGUUUUUACCAAUCUACCUACAUAACAACAUAAAGGUAAUAAUUGUAUUUGAAUGGUAAAUCUCUUGAUAAACUGGGUAAAUUAAGAUGGCAGAGGCCUACUCACAAUACAGGUGAAUGCAUAUUCAAUAGGAGCAGUGGCGACCUGUCAUUUAGGGCAGGUGGGGCAGAGCCACCUGUUUUGAGCCCCACAUUUUAAGGAAAAAUACAAGUUUAUUUAAAAAAAAUUUGGGGGGGCUUGCCUGUUUUGCAUGUUAUUUUGGCAUUAAUAUGUGUCAUAUCAGUUUGCAAACAAUGUAAAAAAAAAAUCAUUGAGUUAAUAAAGCCGCAUACAAACAUGGUCUCUUUUUUGCUUUCUUGAGUAAGGCAGCUCCAAAAUGCAGGUGUUUCAGCCUAGCUCAGUGCUUUCUUUGGUGGUGGGGCAGACAGCGGAAAAUACGGAGCGUAGGUGUUGGUAAUGUUCUCUAGUUGCGCCGUGAUUAGCUCAGUGUUGUGUCAGUAUGUCACCAUGAAGUCUAAGGGUAGAGCUAGAAAAUUCAAGCCCCUUGGGUGCUGCCAUAGAGUUACAUUAGAAGUGCCCAUCCAAGAAGGCUCAAGGUCAUUGGCCACAGAUAAAAUGACGUUAAAUCACGUUAUAUCUACAGUACCUUUGAUUGGACUGAUCAUGCCAACAUCAUACUUUCAAAAUCUUAGCCAGCAGUCAUCAUCAUGAAUCAAGUCGACAAUCUACUGGCAAAUCCUUUUUAAUCCUUGUCAUAUGAAGAUAAAUAAUGAAGAGAAAUGAUAGAUAAAACGUAUCAGUGCUCAUUGGACAUAAACAUUACACAACAAGUUGGAAAUUGCAAAUUCAACAAUGAGUGGUUUGGAAGGAAUCAGUGGCUAACUGCAAGCAUUGCAAAGCAAUCAUUAGCCUGCUAUUCAGUGGAGUGGCUGUUUGUCCCAAAUCUGGGAUUAAGGGUCUCUGUUCCAAAUUUAAAAUGAUAAACAUGAAACAUUGGCCAUGCUUUCAAUGAAGCAUGAUUUGUUCAAAACAACUGUUAACUCGGAACUGCGAAGUCUUGAAGUCAAGUUAACUGGGAACUCUGGGGAAAAAACGAGCUCAGACUGGGAAAAUACGUUUUGAACGGUCAUCCAACUCAGAAUUGUAAAUCCGGAACUCAGCCUCUUUCUAGAGCUACGACCUGAAGAUCAAUUACGUCAUCAUGAUUCAACCUUGUUUUUUCCGAGUUCCCAGUUGUCUUGAAAGCACCAUAAAUCCAGAGAAUGCCAGACUUUGAUGACAAAAUUUGCCCACGAAGGACCGCCGCACCACCUUCCUGUUCAAGUGAGCACAACACAACAAGGUGAGUCCAAAAAUGUAUUGUAUGCUGCGGCAUAAAUGAUGUAAUAUGCCAGGGAGAUAUGUAGGCUAUACUGUAGCUAAGAAAGUAAUACUAAGUGUACAGUUGAAGUCGGAAGUUUACAUACACUUAGGUUGGAGUAAUUAAACUUGUUUUUCAACCACUCCACACAUUUCUUGUUAACAAACUAUAGUCGGACAUCUACUUUGUGCAUGACACAAGUAAUUUUUCCAACAAUUGUUUACAGACAGAUUAUUUCACUUAUAAUUCACUGUAUCACAAUUCCAGUGGGUCAGAAGUUUACAUACACUAAGUUGACUGUGCCUUUAAAAAGCCUGGAAAAUUCCAGAAAAUUAUGUCAUGGCUUUAGAAGCUUCUGAUAGGCAAAUUGACAUCAUUUGAGUCAAUUGGAGGUGUACCUGUGGAUUUAUUUCAAGGCCUACCUUCAAACUCAGUGCCUCUUUGCUUGACAUCAUGGGAAAAUCAAAAUAAAUCAGCCAAGACCUCAGAAAAAGAAUUGUAGACCUCCACAAGUCUGGUUUAUCCUUGGGAGCAAUUUCCAAACGCCUGAAGGUACCAAGUUCAUCUGUACAAACAAUAGUACGGAAGUAUAAACACCAUGGGACCACGCAGCCGUCACACCGCUCAGGAAGGGGACGCGUUCUGCAUCCUAGAGAUGAACGUACUUUGGUGCGAAAAGUGCAAAUCAAUCCCAGAACAACAGCAAAGGACCUUGUGAAGAUGCUGGAGGAAACAGGUACAAAAGUAUCUAUAUCCACAGUAAAACGAGUCCUAUAUCGACAUAACCUGAAAGGCCGCUCAGCAAGGAAGUAGCCACUGCUCCAAAACUGCCAUAAAAAAGCCAUACUACGGUUUGCAACUGCACAUGGGGACAAAGAUCGUACUUUUUGGAGAAAUGUCCUCUGGUCUGAUGAAACAAAAAUAGAACUGUUUGGCCAUAAUGACCGUCGUUAUGUUUGGAGGAAAAAGGGGUGGCUUGCAAGCCGACGAACACCAUCCCAACCGUGAAGCACAGGGGUGGCAGCAUCAUGCUGUGAGGGUGCUUUGCUGCAGGAGGGACUGGUGCACUUCACAACAUAGAUGGCAUCAUGUGGAAGGAAAAUUAUUUGGAUAUAUUGAAGCAACAUCUCAAGACAUCAGUCAGGAAGUUAAAGCUUGGUUGCAAAUGGGUCUUCCAAAUGGACAAUGACCCCAAGCAUACUUCCAAAGUUGUGGCAAAAUGGCUUAAGGACAACAAAGUCAAGGUAUUGGAGUGGCCAUCACAAAGCCCUGACCUCAAUCCUAUAGAACAUUUGUGGGCAGAACUGAAAAAGCAUGUGCGAGCAAGGAGGCCUACAAACCUGACUCAGUUUCACCAGCUCUGUCAGGAGGAAUGGGCCAAAAUUCACCCAAUUUAUUGUGGGAAGCUUGUGGAAGGCUACCCGAAAUGUUUGACCCAAGUUAAACAAUUUAAAGGAAAUGCUACCAAAUACUAAUUGAGUGUAUGUAAACUUCUGACCCACUGGGAAUGUGAUGAAAGAAAUAAAAGCUGAAAGAAAUAAUUCUCUCUACUAUUAUUCUGACAUUUCACAUUCUUAAAAUAAAGAGGUGAUCCCAACUGACCCAAGACAGGGAAUUUUUACUAGGAUUAAAUGUCAGGAAUUGUGAAAAACUGAGUUUAAAUGUAUUUGGCUAAGGUGUAUGUAAACUUCCGACUUCAACUGUAUGUUGUGUAGUAAGCUGUUAGUAGCCCAUGUGCCUCACCCUAAUAAUUUGGUCUAUUUUCUCCUCUUAAUUUCGCCUACUGUUCUGACUUGGUGGUGCACAUGUAGCCUAUAACCUGUUUUAGAUAUAUGUAAUCAUCAAAUAUUGUAAGCGCUUUCAUUGUCUGCUUAUACAGUGGGGAGAACAAGUAUUUGAUACACUGCCGAUUUUGCAGGUUUUCCUACUUACAAAGCAUGUAGAGGUCUGUAAUAUUUUAUCAUAGGUACACUUCAACUGUGAGAGACGGAAUCUAAAACAAAAAUCCAGAAAAUCACAUUGUAUGAUUUUUAAGUAAUUCAUUUGCAUUUUAUUGCAUGACAUAAGUAUUUGAUACAUCAGAAAAGCAGAACUUAAUAUUUGGUACAGAAACCUUUGUUUGCAAUUACAGAGAUCAUAUGUUUCCUGUAGGAUUUGACCAGGUUUGCACACACUGCAGCAGGGAUUUUGGCCCACUCCUCCAUACAGACCUUCUCCAGAUCCUUCAGGUUUCGGGGCUGUCGUUGUGCAAUACAGACUUUCAGCUCCCUCCAAAGAUUUUCUAUUGGGUUCAGGUCUGGAGACUGGCUAGGCCACUCCAGGACCUUGAGAUGCUUCUUACGGAGCCACUCCUUAGUUGCCCUGGCUGUGUGUUUCGGGUUGUUGUCAUGCUUGAAGACUCAGCCACGACCCAUCUUCAAUGCUCUUACUGAGGGAAGGAGGUUGUUGGCCAAGAUCUCGCGAUACAUGGCCCCAUCCAUCCUCCCCUCAAUACGGUGCAGUCGUCCUGUCCCCUUUGCAGAAAAGCAUCCCCAAAUAAUGAUGUUUCCACCUCCAUGCAUCAUGGUUGGGAUGAUAUUCUUGGGGUUGUACUCAUCCUUCUUCUUCCUCCAAACACGGCGAGUGGUUUAGACCAAAAAGCUCUAUUUUUGUCUCAUCAGACCACAUGACCUUCUCCCAUUCCUCCUCUGGAUCAUCCAGAUGGUCAUUGGCAAACUUCAGACGGGCCUGGACAUGCGCUGGCUUGAGCAGGGGGACCUUGCGUGCGCUGCAGGAUUUUAAUCCAUGACGGCGUAGUGCGUUACUAAUGGUUUUCUUUGAGACUGUGGUCCCAGCUCUCUUCAGGUCAUUGACCAGGUCCUGCCGUGUAGUUCUGGGCUGAUCACUCACCUUCCUCAUGAUCAUUGAUGCCCCACGAGGUGAGAUCUUGCAUGGAGCCCCAGACCGAGGGUGAUUGACCGUCAUCUUGAACUUCUUCCAUUUUCUAAUAAUUGCGCCAACAGUUGUUGCCUUCUCACCAAGCUGCUUGCCUAUUGUCCUGUAGCCCAUCCCAGCCUUCUGCAGGUCUACAAUUUUAUCCCUGAUGUCCUUACACAGCUCUCUGGUCUUGGCCAUUGUGGAGAGGUUGGAGUCUGUUUGAUUGAGUGUGUGGACAGGUGUCUUUUAUACAGGUAAUGAGUUCAAACAGGUGCAGUUUAAUGAGUGGAGAACAGGAGGGCUCCUUAAAGAAAAACUAACAGGUCUGUGAGAGCCGGAAUUCUUACUGGUUGGUAGGUGAUCAAAUACUUAUGUCAUGCAAUAACAUGCAAAUGAAUUACUUAAAAAUCAUACAAUGUGAUUUUCUGGAUUUUUUGUUUUUGUUUUAGAUUCCGUCUCUUCAGUUGAAGUGUACCUAUGAUUAAAAUUACAGACCUCUACAUGCUUUAUAAGUAGGAAAACCUGCAAAAUCGGCAGUGUAUCAAAUACUUGUUCUCCCCACUGUAUGUCCCCUUUAUUUAUCCUACGGUUCUGACUUGGUGUACAGGGAGAGCGCUGUAAGAACGGCCCAUAUUCUGAAUUCUGUCGCUGUACAUUUCAAAAGUGCUAAACAAAUAGUUAUAUUGACUACGUCUGUCCUAGCUCGCUCAUUAAUGUCUUAAUUGAAAUUACGGAUUGCUUCUUAUCCGCUUGUCGUCCCCUUAUGCCAUAGUUUGUACAUCUCAAUUGUCAUUCGAAACCACAUUUGUUUAAGCAAGUCAGCCAUAUCUGCUAUGUUUUUUUAAAAGGCAGUAAAUGAGGCUGAAUGAACUGUUUUGCUGCCAGACAAGGCUCCGCUGAUAGCCAGGUGUAGCAGUGGUAAGAUGUUGGGAUUCUGCUGUUGGGACAGCUUUAUUUAGGCCCUAACAGUUUGUGGGCACCGUUUGUCACCGUUAUAGUGCAAUUCAUGCAUUGUUUAGUGUUGUCUUUGCUGGCAUGCAUCCCAUGUUUUUGUUUGCCCCACAAAGAUUUACAUGCAGAAAUUGCUACUGAAGAAUAGUAUGUGCAUGCAUUGACUUACUGCGCUUGUUUUGGCUGAUCAGUGGAGUCUAUGGUGCUACAGAUUUGGGAUUUAUAGCCUACUGAUCCACAACAUUUGCAAAGAAGAAAUCACUCCAGCAUGUAUGGAAGGACAUCAUAUAGGCACUGCUGUUAGUUUGAGAAUAUAAAAUAAUAACAAUUCAUUGCAAAUGGGUCCAACGUAACAUCAAGAUUUGUGAGCAUGGAUGCUUAUGAAACAAGUAUUAUUUUUAUUCUUCAUUUUCCGUGAUCGGGAAAAGGUAUUUUUUCAGCUGUCAGGACGCAUCUCUAAACAACUCAGCUGCCAGGACGAAAUUCGAAACAACUCAAUUGGCUAGUAACUUGAUCCUACUGCUAUGAUUUUUCAUACGGGGGGGGCCAGUAUGAAAAAUGUAUGCACUCACUAAUUGUAAAUCGCUCUGGAUAAGAGCGUCUGCUAAAUUACUAAAAUGUCUAUUGGAUCACUAAAAAAAAUAAAGCGAGGCUGUAACUCUGCUCCCUUUCACAUCUCCUCAUCGCUCACAUCACUUGGUGCGGUUUACUGCUACUAUGAGAACUAGCUCAAUGGCGAUGACAUUUGCUACCAAGCCGUAAAUGUGCAUAAUAUCUAACAAGGAGAGCGAGGGUAGGAAAAAAAGAUGAAACGACGAUGCACGUUCUGCCUGAAUGACUCAUAUCUGCUCAUAGAUUUAGAAUUUAGAAUGCGCACACGCGGAUCUACAGCUUUCUUGGUUCAUAAACAUGCAGGAAGAUUAUUUGGUAGCUAAACCAAUUGCCAACUCCUUUCUUUCCCUAUUACGACAAUCCAUCUAAUCUGACUACCAACUGUCAAUUUACGGAUAUCAUUGUGGCUGGUCAGGUCAGCACACCACUAAAUAGCUAACUUUACACCACAAGUCAGAUGGCUCCUUGCCGAAAAUGGUUAAUGUUCAAAAUGAUAACCAGCUACCGUUAGCUAGCUAUGUUGGCUAUUAGCUCCUAUCUGAUAUCUUAGUACCAUAUUUAUCUAACCAGCUAGCUAAUACCACAGAUGAAAGGGUUAGUUAUCGUAAUCUUUGCUAACAGGUCACAUACAGUGCCUUGCAAAAGUAUUCAUCCCCCUUGGUGUUUUUCCUAUUUUGUUGCAUUACAACCUGUAAUUUAAAUUGAUUUUUAUUUGGAUUUCAUGUAAUGGGCAUACACAAAAUAGUCCAAAUAGGUCAAGUGGUAUUGUUUAAAAAAAAAUAAUAACAGAAAAGUGAUGCGUGCAUAUUUAUUCACCCCCUUUGCUAUGAAGCCCCUAAAUUAAGAUCUGGUGCAACCAAUUACCUUCAGAAGUCACAUAAUUAGUUAAAUAAAGUCCACCUGUGUGCAAUCUAAGUGUCACAUGAUCUGUCACAUGAUCUCAGUAUAUAUACACCUGUUCUGAAAGGCCCCAGAGUCUGCAACACCACUAAGCAAGGGCCACCACUAAGCAAGCAGCACCAUGAAGACCGAGGAGCUCUCCAAACAGGUCAAGGACAAAGUUGUGGAGAAGUACAGAUCAGGGUUGGGUUGUAAAAAAAUAUCUGAAACUUUGAGCAUCCCACGGAGCACCAUUAAAUCCAUUCUUAAAAAAUUUAAAGAAUAUGGCACCACAACAAACCUGCAAAGAGAUGGACACCCACCAAAACUCACGGACCAGGCAAGGAGGGCAUUAAUCAGAGAGGCAACAAAGACACCAAAGAUAACUCUGAAGGAGCUGCAAAGCUCCACAGCGGAGAUUGGAGUAUCUGUCCAUAGGACCACUUUAAGCCGUAUACUCCAGAGCUGGGCUUUACGGAAGAGUGGCCAGAAAAAAGCCAUUGCUUAAAGAAAAAAAUAAACAAACACGUUUGGUGUUUGCCAAAAGGCAUGUGGGAGACUCACCAAACAUAUGGAAGAAGGUACUCAAGGAAAACGCUAUGUCGGGCGCAAACCCAACACCUCUCAUCACCCCGAGAACACCAUCCCCACAGUGAAACAUGGUGGUGGCAGCAUCAUGCUGUGGGGAUGUUUUUCAUCGGCAGGGACUGGGAAACUGGUCAGAAUUGAAGGAAUGAUGGAUGGCGCUAAAUACAGGGGAAUUCUUGAGGGAAACCUGUUUCAGUCUUCCAGAGAUUUGAGGCUGGGACGGAGGUUCACCUUCCAGCAGGACAAUGACCCUAAGCAUACUGCUAAAGCAACACUCGAGUGGUUUAAGGGGAAACAUUUACAUUUCUUGGAAUGGCCUAGUCAAAGUCCAGACCUCAAUCCAAUUGAAAAUCUGUGGUAUGACUUAAAGAUUGCUGUACACCAGCGGAACCCAUCCAACUUGAAGGAGCUGGAGCAGUUUUUCCUUGAAGAAUGGGCAAAAAUCCCAGUGGCUAGAUGUGCCAAGCUUAUAGAGACAUACCCCAAGAGACUUGCAGCUAAUUGCUGCAAAAGGUGGCUCUACAAAGUGGGGUAGGGGGGGGGGGAUGAAUAGUUAUGCACGCUCAAGUUCUGUUUUUUUGUUGUAUUAUUUCUUGUUUGUUUCACAUUAACAAAUAUUUUGCAUCUUCAAAGUGGUAGGCAUGUUGUGUAAAUUAAAUUAUACAAACCCACCCAAAAUCAAUUUUUAAUUCCAGGUUGUAAGGCAACAAAAUAAGAAAAAUGCCAAGGGGGGUGAAUACUUUCGCAAGCCACUGUAGCUAUCUGCUUAGCUAGCUUGUUUAUUGCUUGCAUGUCCGGGCACGUUGACACAAGCCUUAUUAGUGAAUUAACUGAAAUAAUAUUUGCAACUGGAGUUUGAUUUUGGUCACUGUGUGAAUUCAUCAAUUUCUCAAUACUGCACCUUUGUGUUGGAGAAUGAGCUAGCCUCCUCCCGCUGCUGAUUUUCCCAGCUAGACAUUCCCUGGCAUUGUGCAGUGCUCGUGGCUCAGGCGGUGAGUGGCGGCUGGCAUAGCAGCAGCUUUGCAAUGUAGAGUGACUAUCAGCAAAGCCUUAGAGAAGGACCAAUAGACUAGAAAAAGCCAAUAUUGACCCGAUAUAUCGGCUCAGCAGAUUAUCGGUGGUUCUCUACUAAUAACCCAACCUCGGUCUCCUUUGUGUAAGGUUCAAGCUCUUGAUUUGUUCUACAAGAAUUCAAUGGAAGAUACGAUGUUGGAGAGUUUACUUUGCCCCUAUAUAAAACAAUUCCAUAUUUAUUGAUCAUCACUGCAUUUACAAGUCGUGGACUUUGGAAUUGUUGACGGAGUGGGCUUUAAAAGAAUAUGGUUUUGAUUAUGAAAUCGAUAUCGCCAUAUAGACUUACUUUACAUUCAUGAUACGUGAAUACUCAGAUAAGACUUCCAUGUUUUUAUAACACAUGCAAUGUUUUAUAACCUUUUAUAACAGGGUGAUAACCUUGCUUUACAGAUCACAUCAGUGUAACCUCAAGGAAGGGAUGCAUUUUAUGAGUAUUCAAACAGAGCCCCUGACUUCACCACCCAAUCAAAUCUGUGCUUAUGCUGACUGUUCCAUUCCUGUAUGUCUCCAUAGUAACGCUGUAUGGGGUGUUCACCAACCACAGCCAUGUGGGCGUGGCCACACGCUGCCUGCUGCUGGAGCUGCUGGAUGUCAGUGUGUCUGAGCUGCUGGUUAGGGCCAGUACCCAGGGCCAGGCGGGCAGCCCCCAGAGUGGUGGUGCCCAGCAGCAGGGCCACUCCAUGUGGCUGGUGCAGCACUGUGCCAGAGACAUCCUGGAGGCCCUGGCCUUCCUCCACCGAGAGGGCUACGUCCAUGCAGACCUCAAGCCCCGCAAUGUGCUCUGGAGUGCAGACGACGAGUGCUUCAAACUCAUCGACUUUGGACUCAGCUUCAAGGAGGGUAACCAGGUGAAGUGGACUCGAGAACAGGGGUUUGUGUGGGCUACAUACCUCUGAGGGAGGGUUUUCAAGUUGGUUUUAGCAUCUUUGUACGUUGAUCAGUUAUGCAUAAAAUUAGGUGACAUACAACAGGAAAACAAUUAUAUGGACCAGGUUAAACUUUGGUGUGUGUGGUUUUCGGCCUGUAUAAUAGUGUCCGUUCUCGCCGUGUGUGUUCCAAGGACGUGAAGUACAUCCAGACGGAUGGGUACCGUGCCCCGGAGGCUGAGCGUCAGAACUCGCUGUCCCAGGCGGGGCUGGAGGUGGAGGGCAACUCUUGCUGCUCGGCCGCUGUGGACCUCUGGAGCCUGGGUAUCAUCCUGCUGGAGAUGUACUCAGGCAUCAAACUCAAAGACACUGUCAGGUCACCCGAGUGGAAGGUACGUCCACAGCACUGCUCUCCGACUCCGGGCCUGUAUUGCCACUAUACUGAGUGUGCAGGCUUUUGUUCCAAACCAGCACAAACACACCUUUUUAAAAGACUGUUCUUUACCACAUUAUUGUCAUAUACACCCAUCCCCUGUGAUUACAUAGCCAGACAUACAGUGUACUGUGUUCCAUAGGACUGUUGCUAAUGGAUACAUGGGUACUUGUUUUCCUAGGAAUGCAGUGGACUCUGAUCCACCUGUAGCUUAAUAGAUCAAUAUGUUCUUCACAUACAGUGCAUUCAUAAAGUACUCAGACCCCUUCACUUUUUCCACAUUGUUACAUUACAGCCUUAUUCUAAAAUGGAUUAAAUUGUUUUUUCCCCUCAUCAAUCUACACACAGUACCCCAUAAUGACAAAGCAAAAACUGGUUUUUAGAAAUUCUUGCAAAUGUAUUAAAAAUAAAACGGAAAUAUUACAUUUACAUAAGUAUUCAGACCCUUUACUCAGUACUUUGUUGAAGCACCUUUGGCAGCGAUUACAGCCUCGAGUCUUCUUGGGUAUGACACUACAAGCUUGGCGCACCUGUAUUUGGGGAGUUUCGCCCAUUUUUCUCUGCAGAUCUCUCAAGCUCUGUCAGGUUGGAUGGGGAGCGUCGCUGCGCAGCUAUUUUCAGGUCUCUCCAGAGAUGUUCAAUCGGGUUCAAGUCCGGGCUCUGGCUGGGCCACUCAAGAACAUUGAGACUUGUCCCGAAGCCACUCCUGCAUUGUCUUGGCUUUGUGCUUAGAGUCGUUGUCCUGUUGGAAGGUGAACCGCCCCAGUCUGAGGCCUGAGCGCUCUGGAGCAGGUUUUCAUCAGGGAUCUCUCUGUACUUUGCUUCGUUCAUCUUUCUCUCGAUCCUGACUAGUCUUCCAGUCCCUGCCCCUGAAAAACAUCCCCACAGCAUGAUGCUGCUACCACCAUGCUUCACCGUAAGGAUGGUAUUGGCCAGGUGAUGAGCGAUGCCUGGUUUCCUCCUGUGACGCUUGGCAUUCAGACCAAAGAGUUCAAUCUUGGUUUCAUCAGACCAGAGAAUCUUGUUUCUCAUGGUCUGAGAGUCCUUUAGGUGCCUUUUGGCAAACUCCAAGCGGGCUGUCAUGUGCCUUUUACUGAGGAGUGGCUUCCGUCUGACCACUCUACCACAAAAGCCUAAUUGUUGUCCUUCUGCAAAGUUCUCCCAUUUCCACAGAGGAACUCUGGAGCUCUGUCAGUGACCAUCGGGUUCUUGGUCACCUUCCUGACCAAGGCCCUUCUCCCCCGAUUGCUCAGUUUGGCCAGGCGGCCAGCUCUAGGAAAAGUGCUGGUGGUUCCAAACUUCUUCCACUUAAGAAUGAUGGAGGCCACUGUGUUUUUGGGGACAUUCAAUGCUGCAGACAUUUCUUGGUACCCUUCUCCAGAUCUGUACCUCGACAUAAUCCUGUCUCGGAGCUCUAUGGACAAUACCUUCGACCUCAUGGCUCGGUUUUGUGGGGUCUUUAUAUAGACAGGUGUGAGUCUUUCUAAAUCAUGUCCACUCAAUUGAAUUUACCACCGGUGGACUCAGUUGUAGAAACAUCCAAGGAUGAUAAAUGGAACAGGAUACACCUGAGCUCAAUUUCGAGUCUCAUAGCAAAGGGUCUCAAUACUUAUGUAAAUGUCAUAUUUCUGUUUUUUAUUUUUAAUACAUUUGCAAAAAUUUAUAAAAACCUGUUUUUGCUUUGUCAUUAUGAGGUAUUGUGUGUAGAUUGACAAGGAAUUUUUAUUUAUUUAAUCCAUUUUAGAAUAAGGCUGUAACAUAACAAAAUGUGGAAAAAGUGAAGGUCUGAAUACUUUCCGAAUGCUAUAAAUAGAUAAAUAAGACAUUUAGGUAAUAGACAUUUUAUUAGACAGAUAUGGGUGUGUUGUCCAACCUGCUGUUCUGUAGCCUACUGUUCUUUUGCUCUUGCAGGACAACAGUGCAGCAAUAGUCGACCAUAUCUUUGCCAGUAACAGUGUGGUGUGUCCUGCUAUCCCUGUCUAUCACCUCAGAGACCUGAUCAAGAGGUAACAACAUUCAUUCAUUCAUUCAUCCAUAUGCAUUUUGUUUUUAUUGUUUUAGUUUGUACAUAAAUGCAGACAUUUGAUCCGUUGUACCAAAUUGACUCUACACUCCCUUAAACAUAACUCGUCAUUUUCUACAUUGUAAACUUGAGAGAGGGGUUCCUAACGUUGACAUUCAUUUUUGUAAUGUUUGUAUGCACCUGCAGCAUGCUUCACAACGACCCCAAGCACAGAGGCACAGCCGAGACGGCCCUGCUUAGCCCUUUCUUCAGCAUUCCCUUUGGUAAUCAGAAACACCAAUGCAAAGUCCACAGCAGAUAUGGGCACAUCCGGUGGUGUCAUAAGUAUUCACCCCUCUUGGAUUUUUUCAUGUUUUGUUGCGUUACAAACUGGAAUUGAAAUGGAUUUAAUUGUGAUUUUUUUUUUUGUCAUUGCUCUACACAAAAUACUCCAUAAUGUCAAAGUGAAAAGAAAAUUCUACAAAUGAAUACAAAUUUAAUAACAAAAAUAUAGUCGUUGCAUAAGUAUUCACCCCCUUUCUUUAGGCAAGCGUAAAUUAGUUCAGUAGUAAAAUUUGGCUUAACAAAUCACAUAAGUUUACAUAAGUGAAAUAAUAGGGGUUGACAUCAUUUUUGAAUGACUAUCCCUUCCUCUGUCCCCCAUACAUACAACAUCUGUAAGGUCCCUCAGUCAAGUAUUGAAUUUCAAGCACAGAUUCAACAACAAAGACCAGGGAGUCUUUCGAAAGUCUCAUAAAGAAGGGAAGUGAUUGGUAGAUGUGUAACAAUAAUAGAUCAGACAUUGAAUAUCUCUUUAAGCAUGGUCAAGUUAAUAAUUAUGCUGUUGAGGAUGUAUUAAACCACCCAGGCACAUCAAAGAUACAGUCAUCCUUCUGAACUUAGCUGCAGGACAUUAAGGAAACUGCUUAGGGAUGUCACCAUGAGUUGAUUUUAAAACAGUUACUGAGUUCAAUGGCAGUGAUGGGAGAAAACUGAGGUUGGAUCAACAACAUUGUAGUGACUCCACAAUAAUGACCUCAAUGAUAGAGCGAAAAGAAUACAAAUAUACAGAAUUAAAAUAAAAUAAACGUGCACCUGUAUACAACCAGGCACUAAAGUAAUACUGUAAAAAAAAAAACACAAAAACAACACGACAAAGGAAAACACUUUUUGGCUUAAAUGCAAAGCUGUAUGAUUGGGGCAAAUACAACACAUCACUGAGUAACUGCCUCCUUAUCUUCAAGAAUGGUGGUGGCUGCAUCAUGGUAUGGGUAUGCUUGACAUUGGCAAAGACUGGGGAGACUUUCAGGAUAAAAAGAAAUGGGAUGGAGCUAAGCUCAGGCAAAAUCCUAGAGGGAAACCUGCUUCAGUCUGCAUUCACCAGACACUGGGAGAGGAAUUCACCUUUCAGCAGGACAAUAACCUACAGUACCAGUCAAAAGUUUGGACACACCUACUCAUUCAAGGGUUUCUUUAUUUUUACUAUUUUCUACAUUGUAGAAUAAUAGUGAAGACAUAAAAAUUAUGAAAUAACACAUAUGGAAUCAUGUAGUAACCAAAAAAGUGUUAAAUAAAUCAAAAUAUAUUUUAUAUUCUUCAAAGUAGCCACCCUUUGCCUUUGACAGCUUUGCACACUCUUGGCAUUCUCUCAACCAGCUUCAUGAGGAAUGCUUUUCCAACAGUCUUGAAGGAGUUCCCACAUAUGCUGAGCACUUGUUGGCUGCUUUUCCUUCACUCUGUGGUUCAACUCAUCCCAAACCAUCUCAGUAGGGUUGAGGUCGUGUGAUUGUGGAGACCAGGUCAUCUGAUGCAGCAGUCCAUCACUCUCCUUCUUGGUCAAAUAGCCCUUACACAGCCUGGAGGUGUGUUUUGGGUCAUUGUCCUGUUGAAAAACAAAUGAUAGUCCCACUAAGCGCAAACCAGAUGGGAUGGCGUAUCGCUGCAGAAUGCUGUGGUAGCCAUGCUGGUUAAGUGUGCCUUGAGUUCUAAAUAAAUCACUGACAGUGUCACCAGCAAAGCACCCCCACACCCUCACACCACCUCCUCCAUGCUUCAUGGUGGGAACCACACAUGCAGAGAUCAUCCGUUCACCUACUCUGCAUCUCACAAAGACAUGGCAGUUGGAACCAAAAAUCUUAAAUUUGGACUCAUCAGACCAAAGGACAGAUUUCCAUGGUCUAAUGUCCAUUGCUCGUGUUUCUUGGCCCAAGCAAGUCUCUUCUUCUUAUUGGUGUCCUUUAGUAGUGGUUUCUUUGCAGCAAUUCGACCAUGAAGGCCUGAUUCACGCAGUCUCCUCUGAAUAGUUGAUGUUGAGAUGUGUCUGUUAUUUUAACUCUGUGAAGCAUUUAUUUGGGCUGCAAUCUGAGGUGCAGUUAACUCUAAUGAACUCUGCAGCAGAGGUAACUCUGGGUCUUUCUUUCCUGUGGCGGUCCUCAUGAGAGCCAGUUUCAUCAUAGCGCUUGAUGGGUUUUGCGACUGCACUUGAAGAAACUUUCAAAGUUCUUGAAAUUGUCCGGAUUGACUGACCUUUAUGUCUUAAAGUAAUGAUGGACUGUCGUUUCUCUUUGCUUAUUUGAGCUGUUCUUGCCAUAAUAAGGACUUGGUCUUUUACCAAAUAGGGCUAUCUUCUGUAUACCACCCCUACCUUGUCACAACACAACUGAUUGGCUCAAACGCAUUAAGAAGGAAAGAAAUUCCACAAAUUAACUUUUAACAAGGUACACCUGUUAAUUGAAAUGCAUUCCAGGUGACUACCUCAUGAAGCUGGUUGAGAGAAUGCCAAGAAUGUGCAAAGCUGUCAUCAAGGCAAAGGGUGGUUACUUUGAAGAAAAGUUUAACACUUUUUUGGUUACUACAUGAUUUCAUAUGUCUUAUUUGAUAGUUUUGAUGUCUCCACUAUUAUUCUACGAUGUAGAAAAUAGUAAAAAUAAAGAAAAACCCUUGAGUGAGUAGGUGUGUCCAAACUUUUGACUGGUACUGUACAACAUAAGGCCAAAUCAACACUGAAGUUUCCUAAGUGGCCAAGUUAGUUUUGACUUAAGUCUGCUUGAAAAUCUAUGGCAAGACUUGAACAUUGCUGUCUAGCCAUGAUCCCCAAAACCUUGACAGAGCUUGAAGAAUUUUUACCCAAGAAGAUUCACAGCUGUAAUCUCUGCCACCAAAGGUGUUUCUAACAUUUAUUAACUCAAGGCGGUGAAUACUUAUCUAAUCAAGGUAUGUUAGUGUUUUAUUUUUCAUAAAAAUAAAAACAUUUUUCCUCCACUUUGACAUGUAUUAGUAUUUUGUGUGGAUCGUUGACAAAAAAUUACAAAUCAAUUUUAAUCCCACUUUGUAACACAAUAAAAUCUGAAGAAAUCGAAGGGGAGUGGAUACUUAUGAUAGGCACUGUACCUCAUUCUCAUCCAGCUCAUAUGAAAGCUUGCAUUACAGCAUAAUCUUACCAUCUAUCACUGCACCUGCCCACCAACACACUCUUUCGCUCGAUUUGUAAUCUACCUCUAUGAUAUGCAUAUUGAUUUUUCACUGAAAACAAAAAAGAAUAUAUUCAUAAUAGAGAGGUUGGGUGGUGCUGUAUAAACCAUAUAAAAGGCUUCUUAAACCUAUUGAUUGAAGAAAAGGGUGUGUGUGUGUGUCAGCUCCUCACAUAGAAGACUUGGUUCUGCUGCCCUCUCCUGUUCUGCGCCUGCUCAACCUGAUUGAUGACAGCCACCUACACAAUGAGGAGGAGUAUGAAGGUAAGGCACAGCCUUUUCGAACCAACUUUUUGGAACCACUGACGAUAAAUGUAAGAACAAAUAGCUCCUACAGUUGGUCUUUAUGAAGAUCAGCGUUGGAAAUACACUGGGGCUUGUGGCACCACAAGUCAGUGCCACAAGUCAUCGGUGAACUAAACAAUAUGAUGAAGCUAUAUAUAGACUCAGUGAUAUGACGUUGCCACGAGCAGCAGGAUUAACCGUAGAUAUUACAGAUGAGCGCAAUGCAAGACUAUGCACAUAUCUGUACAUGUGGUGUCCGUGGGACCAAAACAGCUGAGAAGUUUAUCCACGCUUUGCGCUCUUAGUUGUUGCGGAAGUCUGCACAAUUCUGCUGUCCACUUCAUGCUUCGUUGACUCUGCACUGCAAUAUUCUGGUAAUUAAGAAAUGUUUCUAAUUACCCAGAGUCAGGUUAACUCGUGGAUAAAAUGUUUGUCUCUGCAUGCAGUAUGAAGGAAGUUAAGAGGUAGUUCUGAGAGUGUACCGGUAGACAUCCAGUCAGCUAAUACUAGUUAGCAUUGGCUCGCGAAACUACACUGCCUACAGAAAGUAUUCAUAUUCAUACCCCCUUGACUUAUUCCACAUUUUGUUGUGUUACAGCCUGAAUUCAAAAUGGAUUAAAUUGAUUUUGUUUUCUGUCACCCAUCUACACACAAUUCCUCAUAAUGACAAAGUGAAAACAUGUUUUUAGAAAUGUUAGCUAAUUUAUUGAAAAUGAAAUACAGAAAUAUCUCAUUUACAUAAGUAUUCACACCCCCUGAGUCAAUACAUGUUAGAAUAACCUUUGGUAGCGAUUACAGCUGUAAGUCUCUAAGAGCUUUGCACACCUGGAUUGGACAAUAUUUGCACAUUAUUAUUUUUAAAAUUCUACAAGCUCUGUCAAGUUGGUUGUUGAUCAUUGCUAGACAGCCAUUUUCAAGUUUUGCCAUAGACCUUCAAGCUGAUUUACGUCCAAACUGUAAUUAGGCCACUCAGGAAUAUUCAAGGUCGUCUUGGUAAGCAACUCCAGUGUAUAUUUGGCCUUGUGUUUUAGGUUAUUGUCCUGCUGAAAGGUGAAUUUGUCUCCUAGGGUCUGUUAGAAAGCAGACUGAAUCCUUUAGGAUUCUGCCUGUGCUUAACUCUAUUCAGUUUCUUUUUAUCCUAAAAAACUCCCUUGCCAAUGACAAGCAUACCCAUAACAUGAUGCAGCACCACCAUGCUUGAAAAUAUGAAGAAUGGUACUCUGUGAUGUGUUAUGUUGGAUUUGCCGCAAACAUAACAUAAUGCUUUGUAUUCAGGACAUAAAGUUAAUUUCUUUGCCAUUUUUUUUUUUCAGCUUCACUUUAGUGCCUUAUUGCAAACAGGAAGCAUGUUUUGGAAUAUUUGUAUUCUGGACAGGCUUCCUUCUUUUCACUCUGUCAUUUAGGUUAGUGUUGUGGAGUAACUACAAUGUUGUUGAUCCAUCCUCAGUUUUCUCCUAUUACAGCCAUUAAACUCUGUAACUGUUUUAAAGUGUCCAUUGGCCUCAUGGUGAAAUCCCUGAGCGGUUUGCUUAAUGUCCUGCAGCUAAGUUGUGGGUUCGAUUCCCACGGGGGGCCAGUAUAAAAUAAUAAUGUAUGCACUCACUAACUGUAAGUCGCUCUGGAUAAGAGCGUCUGCUAAAUGACUAAAAAUGUAAAUGUAAAAAUAACUUCACCAUGCUCAAAGGGAUAUUCAAUGUCUGCUUUUUUUUAUUUUGACCCAUCUACUGUUAUGAUGAGUUUCUCAGGUAUCAAGGAUGCAAGGAUAUACUUAGACAUUCUGUGGAGAUUUCAUACAAAGUAUUUAUUGAAUCACGAGCUCGUGGGUUCAUCUAACAAACGGACAUGGCUUUGCCCUUCGUCAGUUGAACUAACUUAACAAAGGAGACACUCUAUCUUAUAUAGCCUUUAUUACUAUCUUCCUGGCAUACAUCUGGCAAGUCUCCAUGGGCACUCCCUGCCUUUGAUGUUCAUCACUCUUUACCCCAAGUCACUAUCCUAAACAUCACUCAUGCUAUCCUAAACAUCACUAAUCUACCUUGACAUAAUGGAAUGUAGACUUCAUGGCCCCAAACCACUCAUCUCUUAACUCUUUCCCUGUCCUCACAAUACUAUGGCAUGACAUCAUUAUACCAUAAAAACAUAAUAUAAUCUACCAAUAGGUGCCUUUCUUUGAGAACCAUUGGAAAACCUCCCUGGUCUUUGUGGUUGAAUCUAUUUGAAAUUCACUGCUCGACUGAGGGACCUUAAAGAUAAUUGUAUGUGUGGGGUACAGAGACGGGGUAGUCAUUCAAAAAUGAUGUUAAACACUUCGAUUGCACACAGUGAGUCCAUUAACCUUAUUAUGUGACUUGUUAAGCACAUCUUUACUUCUGAACUUAUUUAGGCUUGCCGUAACAAAGGGGUUGAAUACUUUAUGACUCGACAUUUCAGCUUUUCAUUUUUAAUGACUUUGUAAAAAUGUCUAACAAUAUAAUUCCACAUGGGGUAUUAUGUGUACAGUCGUGGUCAAAGGUUUUGAGAAUGACACAAGUAUUGGUCUUCACAAAGUUUGCUGCUUCAGUGUUUUGAGAUAUUUUUGUCAGAUGUUACUAUGGUAUACUGAAGUAUAAUUACAAGCGUUCCAUAAGUGUCAAAGGCUUUUAUUGACAAUUACAUUAAGUUUAUGCAAAGAGUCAAUAUUUGCAGUGUUGACCCUUCUUUUUCAAGACAUCUGCAAUCCGCCCCGGCAUGCUGUCAAUUAACUUCUGGGCCUCAUCCUGACUGAUGGCAGCCCAUUUUUGCAUAAUCAAUGCUUGAAGUUUGUCAGAAUUUGUGGGUUUUUCUUUGUCCACACGCCUCUUGAGGAUUGACCACAAGUUCUCAAUGGGAUUAAGGUCUGGGGAGUUUCCUGGCCAUGGACCCAAAAUGUCGAUGUUUUGUUCCCCGAACCACUUAGUUAUCACUUUUGCCUUAUGGCAAGGUGCUCCAUCAUCCUGGAAAAGGCAUUGUUCGUCACCAAACUGUUCUUGGAUGGUUGGGAGAAGUUUCUUUUUGAGGAUAUGUUGGGACCAUUCUUUAUUCAUGGCUAUGUUCUUAGGCAAAAUUGUGAGCGAGCCCACUCCCUUGGCUGAGAAGCAACCCCACACAUGAAUGGUCUCAGGGUGCUUUACUGUUGGCAUGACACAGGACUGAUGGUAGCGCUCACCUUGUCUUCGCCGGACAAGCUUUUGUCCGGAUGCCUGAAACAAUCGGAAAGGGGAUUCAUCAGAGAAAAUGACUUUACCCCAGUCCUCAGCAGUCCAAUCCCUGUACCUUUUGCCGAAUAUCAGUCUGUCCCUGAUGUUUUUCCUGGAGAGAAGUGGCUUCCUCGCUGCCCUUCUUGACACCAGACCAUCCUCCAAAAGACUUUGCCUCACUGUGCGUGCAGAUGCACUCACACCUGCCUGCAGCCAUUCCUGAGCAAGCUCUGCACUGGUGGUGCCCCGAUCCCGCAGCUGAAUCAACUUUAGGAGACGGUCCUGGCGCUUGCUGGACUUUCUUGGGCGCCCUGAAGCCUUCUUCACAACAAUUGAACCUCUCUCCUUGAAGUUCUUGAUGAUCCGGUAAAUGGUUGAUUUAGGUGCAAUCUUACUAGCAGCAAUAUCCUUGCCUGUGAAGCCCUUUUUGUGCAAAGCAAUGAUGACGGCACGUGUUUCCUUGCAGGUAACCAUGGUUAACAGAGGAAGAACAAUGAUUUCAAGCACCACCCUCCUUUUAAAGCUUCCAGUCUGUUAUUCUAACUCAAUCAGCAUGACAGAGUGAUCUCCAGCCUUGUCCUCGUCAACACUCUCACCUGUGUUAACGAGAGAAUCACUGACAUGAUGGCAGCUGGUCCUUUUGUUGCAGGGCUGAAAUGCAGUGGAAAUGUUUUGGGGGGAUUAAGUUCAUUUUCAUGGCAAAGAGGGACUUUGCAAUUAAUUGCAAUUCAUCUGAUCAAUCUUCAUAACAUUCUGGAGUAUAUGCAAAUUGCCAUCAUAAAAACUGAGGCAGCAGACUGAACAUUUAUAUUUGUGUCAUUCUCAACUUUUGACCACGACUGUAGGCCAGUGACACAAUUACAUUCAGGCUGUAACACAACAACAUUUGGAAAAAGUCAAGGGUUGUGAAUACUUUCUGGAGGCACUGUACCUCUAACUUCCUUCAUACUGCGAGCAGAGACAAAUGUUUCAUCCACAAGUUCAUCUGGGUAAGUAGAAACAUUUAUUAAUUGUCAGAAUGUCGCAGUAUCCCUUUAAAACACAUGGUCAGAUGCUACGUUGUGAAUAAAGAAAUACAUGGAAAUGGCACCAUUUCUUUUUGCAAAAAUGCAAAACAGGUGCAAAGUUUGCCCCCUAUUUUUUAUUUACACUGAUCAAAAUGAUAUUGUGAGUGUGACUAACUAGCAUGAUGCUGUUGUGUUGGCAGACAUCUUGGAGGACAUGAAGGAGGAGUGUCAGAAGUACGGCUCUGUGGUCUCUCUUCUCAUUCCCAAGGAGAACCCAGGCAAAGGACAGGUAAGACACACUAGCCCCAUUACCAGUGGUUUAUUGUUGUCAUUUAAAUACUUCCAUACAAUCUUUCAAAAGUAUAUAUUUGUACAUAUUGUAGACCUGCAUUUUUACUGUCUCUUCUUGUCUUAAUCUCUGUGUGUGUAUGUGUGUGUUUCCCUCAGGUGUUUGUAGAAUACGCUAACGCAGGCGACUCCAAAGAGGCCCAGAGACUGCUGAUGGGACGGACCUUUGAUGGGAAGUUUGUCGUUGCCACAUUCUACCCCCUGAGUGCUUACAAGAGAGGCUACUUGUACCAGACCGUGCAGUGA